AUGGUCCAGGUGAGCGAGAUUAAAGAUGCCGGCGCUGGGAACCAAGGUUCCACACGCACGGCGGCACAUACACAUAUCAAAGGGCUCGGUUUAGAUGCGCAAGGCGUGGCCAAAGCGGUAGAAGGCGGAUUUGUGGGCCAAAUAGAAGCGCGCGAGGCUUGUGGGGUGAUUGUGGACCUGAUCAAGGUCAAGAAGAUGUCGGGAAAAGCGAUAUUGCUGGCUGGUGGACCAUCGACGGGUAAAACGGCGCUGGCACUGGCGAUUUCGCAAGAGCUGGGACCCAAGGUGCCGUUCUGUCCCGUGGUAGGGUCUGAGUUGUAUUCCGUGGAGGUCAAGAAGACAGAAGCGUUGAUGGAGAACUUCAGAAGAGCUAUAGGACUGCGCAUCAAAGAAACAAAGGAAGUUUACGAAGGAGAGGUGACAGAGCUGGCACCACAGGCUGCUGAGAAUCCACUGGGAGGCUACGGCAAGACCAUUGCGCACGUUAUCGUGGGGUUGAAAUCGGCCAAGGGAACCAAGACGCUGCGAUUGGAUCCCACGGUGUACGAGAGCAUCGAGCGUGAAAACGUAAGUGUGGGUGACGUGGUAUACAUCGAAGCCAACACGGGAGCCGUGAAGCGUGUAGGACGCUCGGACGCAUACGCCACGGAGUUCGACCUCGAAGCCGAAGAGUACGUGCCACUGCCCAAGGGUGAGGUGCACAAGAAGAAGGAGAUUGUUCAAGACGUGACGCUACACGACCUGGACGUGGCCAAUGCUCGUCCACAGGGAGGCCAAGACGUUGUGUCCAUGAUGGGCCAGCUUCUCAAGCCUAAGAAAACUGAGAUCACCGAAAAAUUGCGUCACGAGGUCAACCGCGUUGUAGCCAAGUACAUUGACCAGGGCGUCGCAGAACUUAUCCCGGGUGUUUUAUUCAUAGAUGAGGUCAACAUGCUUGAUAUCGAGAUCUUCACGUACCUAAACCGCGCGUUGGAAUCGAGUAUCGCUCCCGUCGUCGUCUUGGCUUCUAACCGUGGUCUUACAACUGUUCGCGGAACCGACGAUAUUGUUUCCCCACAUGGUGUCCCACCUGACUUGAUUGAUCGUUUGCUAAUUGUGCGUACACUUCCUUACUCCAGAGACGAGAUUCGCACUAUCAUUGAAAGAAGAUCUGCCGUUGAAAACCUCAAAACGGAACCAGCAGCGCUCGAUUUGCUUGCAGACAUGGGCUCCCAAACUUCUUUGCGUUACGCUUUGCAACUUUUGUCUCCAUCCGGUAUCCUCGCCAAAACUGCAGGCCGUUUGGAAAUAGGUUCUAAUGAUGUUAACGAGGCCAAAAUGCUAUUCUUGGAUGCCAAGAGAUCAACCCAAAUUUUGCAAUCCAGUGACAGCUAUUUAGCAUGA